UUUAUUAUAUCAUGUUCUACGUAGAUUUCUAUGCAUUAGACAGCAGUGUGUGAGUGGGACUUUUAUUUUGGUGUGGUGAUGUGACGUCAUGAGGAUGCGCCGCGCUCCUGCAUCUGCUGUGAUUCGACUGAAGAAAGAACUGAGUGUCCAAAAAACUCCUGCUGAAGUGAAUGAGAUCCAUGUGACAGUGUUAUAAAGAUGGCAUUUAUUAAAGAGGAGAGUGAAGACAUGAAGAUUGAAGAAGCAUUCAGUGUGAAACAAGAAGAUACUGAGGAACAAACAAAGAUGGUGUUUAUUAAAGAGGAGAGUGAAGGCAUUAGGAUUGAAGAAGUAUUCAGUCUGAAAGAUACUGAGGAACAAACAGACCUAAUGGCAUUGAAAAAAGAGAAAGAAGUGCUCAGUGACAUUGAAGAGAAAGAUCAAUACAAGAAUCUGCAUGAUUUCACACCUGGGAAAAAAUCUUUCAGGUGUUCAAAGACUGAAAAGAUUUCCAUACGAAAAACGGGUCAAGAGACUGGAACAACUAGAAGUGAUUUCACUUGCUUUCGGUUUGGAAAGAGUUUCAAUCAACAAGGAAACCUUAAAGUCCACAUUGGGGAGACCCCUUUCAGUUGCCAACACUGUGGAAAAAGUUUUACUUAUAAAGGAAGUCUUGACAGGCAUAUAAAAAUUCACACUGAAGAAAAGCCUUACACCUGCCAGCACUGUGGUGAGAGUUUUGCUCAACGUGUAAACCUUAAAGUCCACAUGAGAAAACACAAUGGAGAGAGUCCCUUCACUUGCCAACACUGUGGAAAAAGUUUCAGUCAUCAAGGAAGCCUUAGCCACCACAUGAGAAAUCACACUGGAGAGAAGCCUUACACCUGCAAACACUGUGGAAAAAGUUUCACUCAUAAAGGAAGCUUUGACAGGCACAUGAGAAUUCACACCAGAGAAAAGCCUUACACCUGCCAGCAGUGUGGAAAAAGUUUUUCUCAACAUGGAAACCUUGAAGUCCACAUGAGAAUACACAAUGGAGAGAGUCCCUUCACUUGCGAACAAUGUGGAAAAAGUUUCAGUCAUCAAGGGAGCCUCAGCCACCACUUAAGAAUUCACACUGGAGAGAAGCCUUACACCUGCAAACAGUGUGGACAAAGUUUUACUAAUAAAGGAAGCCUUAACUGGCACAUGACUGUUCACACUGGAGAGAAGCCUUACAUAUGCCCUCAGUGUGGGAAGAGUUUCCAUCAGCAUGGAAAUCUCCAAGUCCACAUGAGAAUUCACACUGGAGAGAAGCCUUACACCUGCCAACAGUGUGGAAAAAGUUUCACUCAUAAAGGAAGCCUAAAUUGGCACAUGAGAAUUCACACCAAAGAGAAGUCUUAGGGUGCUUUCAGACCUGGCCCAUAAUUUCAGGACCUGGCGAGUUUGGAAACUUGAACAGGCACACAUGAGUGUUCACACUGCAUAAAACACUUACACCUGCCCCCAGUCGCCGUGAUUUUGCCAAUUAAGACAUGUUCCUGGAUCAGCAUUACUGUCCAAAAAUAUAGACCUAGCCAAUCCCUACCCCUAAACCUAACCUUACCCAUAAUUUAUUCCUAAAAUCAGAGAGAAAUGAUAGGUGAUUAACAAGGCUAUAGAAGCGCCUAACCCUGAUUGUAAGCCUAAAACAGAUAUUACCUCAAAACUUAUCCCUCGAUUCUGAUUGGUUGAUUUGGAACAAGGAUGUUGAUCCAGGGACAUGUUGUACUUGGUGAAAGCACAUUCACCCCUGCCCCCAGUGUGGAAAAAGUUUCAUUCAUUGAUUGUUUGGCGAACUGACUGUCUCACAUUACACUGAGGAUUUAGAUGUGAUGCACAAAUUGAAGUAAUUGUAUUAUGUUUUUUGUUGUUACUUUCAUGCAGUUAAUGUUUCUGGAUUUAUUUGGCAUUUUAACUAUUUUUUUGUGCAAUUCUUGAGGACUGGUCAGGAUAAUUUUAAUAUGUUUAAAGCAGUAGUCUGUUGGUUUUGCCUCAUUGUCGCCAUCUCUGUUGGAAACCUGCAGUUGCAGUUAUCAACAGAAUUUUCAUGUGUAUGUGGUUUGUGCUUCAGCACGGCUCUGCAGCACAGAUGAAUCUAAUGUUUUGAGGAGUAUAUUGCGGCAUAUAAAAUUUAAAACUAAUCCAAAGCCGCAGCAGGCUAAGACAUGUGGGUUUACACUGAAGACGCGUCACACUGAACCAUUGCACAUGAUAUGACAUCUUUAUUGUUCCAUUUCACAAGCUUAGCAAGAACCAACACUUACUUGAAUUGAUGCAUUUCAUAAGCCAUGCAAAGAUACCUCAGACAGUGCAGAAACAGAAGAUGAUAAUGGCGACGGUCGACAAAGUUUCUUCACACGCUCACCCUGCAGCCAUAAUCCAAACACCCGCUCCACACAGGUGAGCACACAUGCAUUAAUACAGACACCACACCCCCGGUGACACCCACAGUAACCAAUGACGUCACUAUGCACGUGCACAUACACAACAGUGUAGAAAGAAAAGGAGGAAAUAUCAUGAAAGACUAAUCAAACUCAAAUGUAUGGCUCCUACAGAGUAUGUGUAGCCAUCAGUCACCGCACCAGUGUGGAUGUACACUGUACUCUGGUAUUAUAGAUACUAUUUUUUGGAAGUAUGACUAAAAUAAGAUAUUUAACUGGAAAAUGUCAUCUGAACAAAAAACAUGUCUGCCACCUUUGUCAUGACCAUCUAUGGAAAAGAAGCAUUACAAUAAAUCGCGCAACCUUUGGUGAUUAAAUCUAACAAUUGCUUUGCUCAUAUCACAUCAAACCAUGGACAUUUUUAUUGUUAUACUUUGUUCUCAAAUUGUUAAUGUUGACAACAUCAGCAUUAUGUGACUGUGUGUAUUAGCCUCCGAAGUCUUAUGCUUUUGACUGAAUCUCCAGCUGUCACUGAUUGUCAUUUUUACCUUUCUGGCCAUCUGCUGUCAAAGUAAUUCAUACCUGUCAAUGUUAAAUACACGAAGCCCUGCACAUGACAGCAGGAAAAAAAAAAAGAUAUCAACUCACAAGAAUGUUUAAAUAAAUGGGUCAUAAUAUGCGAUUUCAAGA